AUGAAGCUGUGGACUCAAGAUGACGAAGACGCUGCGGUGCCAUCAAGCCCAAAGUUGAGAAAGAUUGUGUUCGUGAAUAGUUCUGCAUCGCUUGUCCCGGCACCUGGCUACCUAGCAUACUCCGCCGCCAAAGCUGCUCAACGCUCACUUGCCGACACCCUACGCAUGGAAGUCAUGAGGUACUCAGGCCCAAAGAGCACAUACGCUGUACAAUGUAUCUUUGCGCACAACUUCAUCACGCCAACCUUUCUACAAGAGCAAAAGACUAAACCCGAACUUACCAAGCGCAUCGAAGGCACGUCGGGCGAGCUUCACGAGUUGGAGAAGCAAUUCCCCUACGCUGCGAAGAUUGCGCCCGAGAUUGUGGCAAAUGUAGCGAGCGGCGACUAUGCUGUAUGUGAUGGGAGAUUCGAUCCACAGCUAUUGUGGGCAAAUGCUAUGGGUGCGAGUCCGCGGCGUGGAUGGGGGAUCGUGGAUACGCUGAUGGCCAUGUUUAUGCUUCUCGCGUGGCCAUUCGUGAGGCGCGACAUGGAGAAGAAGUGUUGGGGUGAUGCGUUGGAUGCAAAAUAG